AUGAAUACGACGGAGGGUCAACGCGAUGCUCCGCACAAUGCUGUACAUGUGCACGACGCCAGCCGCAUCCUGGAAUGCUCACAAACCGAGAGACAGCGUCGUGUCCAGUAUCUUGUCAGACACUACUUGUCCCAGAUCCUCCAUGGCUGUAAGAGCGCUUACUGCGAUACCCCUACGUGCCUCUCGUCGAGCAAGCGCACUGCUUCCAAGCCCCAUCGUCCACCCACGCUGCUCACCGCUGUCGCCCUAGCACACUACCUUGCCGGUCAAGAUAAUCCCAAUCGUGGUUUGUGCCCUCACCAACUCAAAACCCCUCCCGAGUCAUUCGAGAUCGCAAGCAGUCUUGCGGAACAAGUUAGGGUCGACUCGGCUGGGAACUACGCUGUGUACCCUGCGAUAGGGCAGUUGGCACAACAACGUCAGCAGAGCUUUGCAGGAAGCAGCUCUGGCGAUGGAGCUGCAACUCAAGCAGAAGGGCUCGAUGGCGACUUGAUAAGCGCCCUUAGGCAGCGACAGCGAGUUAGGAAGGACCCGAAGGCUCUUAGUCAGAACUUCUCUACCCGGACAGCACCUGGCGUACCUAUAGUACCGAAACUGAGUUGCGACAUCCUUGACAAGCUCAAGGAAGACGUUCUACGCUACGGCGACAGCCGCUCUACUGACUUGAACUACAUUGUCGACUUCGACCCUGGGCGGCGAACUCGACGUGCCAAACCACUUGUCAAUCGGUCUUUGUUUUAUGCUCUAAGCGAUCCACAAAAGCUCCUUGCGUCUUUCCAUGAUGCCAACCCAGGCUUCAAAGACUCACCUCUACCACAUCUUGACUCGUCGCGCUUAGUGAACUCCUUCCAUGGUUGGAACCAUCGCAACGGUGCGCUCAUAUUCGAUAGCCUCUGGCUUGCGUUGGAGGCUCUGUUUACCUGUCCACCGGAGCUUGUCGUCCAGAAGAGUCCUCGCCUAAGACCUUCAAGGAAGGGCGCUUCCACAGAUAGUCAACCGGGCAAACCGACUGGUACUCAGGACGAUAAAGCUGAAGCCUCGCGUUAUCUUGACACAAAUGAAGCUGCCCAUAUUGUUAUGAUUUGCAUACAUGCACUCACCUCACUAGUACCAGUCGGGUGGCCACACACGUGGGCACAAAUUCGUAAGCUGCGAUCCUGGGGCGUCAUGGUGCCGGACGCGGCUCCUCAUCCUGACAAAUUUGUGCAUCCGUACAUGGAGAUCAUUGAUGAGUUAGAGUAUGAGCCAGCGAUUCGUCUUGCCGAUCGGUUACUUCGUGCUAUUGGAGCACGAACUUGCUUCGAGCACAUACUGGCAAGCUUGGAUGGCGACGCAGAUACGACUGGGUCCAGCACAACACUAAUGGGUGUUGUUAUAGAGCACUUAGAAGUGUUGGAGCGCAUUAGUAUGGCUAUGAAACUAAGAUUGACUUCCAAUCAUGAUCUGGGCGGAGACCCUGGAUGGACUGUUACAGCCACAUUCAUGGAGUGGCUCCGGACUAUUAUCGUUAAGAAGUGGGAAAGCAAGGCUGAGAUAAACAAAUGGAGUAGUGUUGGUACAGCUGUAAUGAUCCUCGACAAGCUUCAUUCGAGACAACAAGCUUUGUACUUGAACUCCAAAAUGUUCGAGAUGCCAAUACUUCACGAGCGAAUAGACACCGUGAACGAGCCUAUCAACUACCUUACAUGGGAGCAUCAUCCCAACACUCUACAUAUCUUUGAGUACCCUUGUCUCUUCUCCAAGCAACACCUUGUGGCUUACUUUCGCACAAUCAACUUCACGGAGAUGAUGAAGCAGUACGACCACACCAUGCGCACCCAUCAAAUGCAAAGAUCGCUAGAGAUGUUCCUACAAGAACCUUAUUGGUGGGAGAUUAAGAGACGAACCAAGGUAACACUUAGCGAUUACCUGGUGCUGGAUGUUAGUCGCGAGGAACCACUAAAGGAUACACUGGAUCAGUUAUGGGGCCAGGACAAGAGGAUGCUUCUCAAGCCGCUGAAGGUCAAGAUGGGCCACAAGCAAGGAGAAGUUGGUCUAGACCACGGCGGCGUGACGUACGAGUUCUUCCGCGUAGUCUUGAGCGAAGCAUUCAGGCCUGAAAACGGUAUGUUCACAAUCGAUCCGCAGACACGUAUGACGUGGUUUCAACCACAAAGUCUGGAACCCAAAUGGAAGUUUGAGAUGCUCGGCAUACUCUUCAGUCUUGCUGUAUACAAUGGCAUCACUCUGCCCAUCACUUUUCCUCUUGCUUUCUAUGACUGCCUCCAAAGUGUGGGCAAUCCGCUCUGCAAACGUGUGGUUGAUUACGACGCACUGGGCUAUAUAAGAGACGGCUGGCCGAGCCUGGCUGAGGGCUUCCAGAAGCUCUUAUCCUGGCGCGAUGGCGACGUUUCAGACGUCUUUAUGCGCGAGUACAUCUUCAGUUACGAAGCCUUCGGCCAAAUCGUCAACCAGAACCUUUCUCACGAAUCCGCUUCCAUCACAACACCUCCAGAACCAUCGCAAGAAGAACCGGAUCUAGUCACAAACACCAAUCGAGAACAGUACGUUCGAGCCUAUGUCCGCGCUCUAACCUACGAUUCGAUCGCCCCACAACUUACCUCCUUCAUCCGUGGCUUCCUUACCUGCAUCAACGCCAAAUCGCUCCAACUCUUCACCCCUUCCACACUCCGCCACCUCAUCGAAGGCACACAGCACAUCUCUAUCUCCGAUCUUAAACGCUGCGCAAAGUACGAAGACGGAUACACCGCGUCCCACUCCAACAUCCGCGCUUUCUGGGACGUGGUAGAGGAUUACAGUCAAGAGGACUUACGGCACUUGCUGGAGUUCGUGACGGCAAGUGACCGGGUACCGGUUACGGGGUAUGAGAGUAUUACGUUCCAUAUUGUGAGGAUCGCGGGCGCGGAAUCAGGGGGCUUGCCGAGUAGUUCGACCUGCUUUGGUAAACUCUACUUGCCGGAUUAUCAAGACAAGAAAAUUUUGGAAAAGAAACUGGGAUUGGCGAUUAGGAACUCAAAGGGGUUUGGGAAUGUGUAG